AUGGAACCAAUGAAGCCUCACAUUGCGCCCUUGAAGAUCGACAAACAACACUCCAACUUUCACACGAACCGUUUCUACUCCCCAGAACACAGCCGCCAGAUGACUCCGCCGUUGACGCCAUCCACCACCACCACCACUCAGGAACACACCACCAUGGAAAGGGUCGAAACCCCGAGAGCCGUCUUCCACAACUACCUACGAGCCUUCUAUCCCUUUCACCCGUCCGGCGACGUAUCGCCUUCCACCGUCACCCUUCCCUUAGACCAAGGCGACAUCAUCUUGGUCCACUCCGUCCACACCAAUGGCUGGGCCGAUGGCACCCUGUUAGACUCCGGGGCCCGCGGCUGGCUACCCACCAACUACUGCGAAGCAUACGACCAGCUCCCGAUGCGUCCGCUGCUCAAGGCCUUGACCGACUUUUGGGACAUCAUCCGGGGUGGAUGUGGCUCCCCGCUGACCGAUUUCCGCAAUCAAGACCUGGUCCGGGGCUUGAUUGCGGGUGUGCGGUUUCUCCUGGAAAAAUCCGAAUGUCUUACCCGGGACUCGAUGUUAGUCCGAACCCAGGAUGCGUUGCGCAGGAACCGGAAAGCCCUCCUCGCCGAUCUGUCGUCUUUGGUCCGUACCACGAAGAAAUUCCAGGAUAUCGCCAGCGGGGACCCGAUGGAGGAUGAGGUGGAGUAUAUGGUCGACGAGAUGCUGCUCAAGGCGUUUCGCAUCGUGACUCGAGGGGUUCGAUUCCUGGACGUCUGGAACGAGGAGGUUGGCCUGAGCAGGACGAUCGCCGAGCUGGAACAGCAAUCGCAAGACAUGCCGCCGACGCCCGCCUCUGAGACAUUUGGAUCCGCCUCGUCGGAAGCGGACACCGAACGGAACGAGUCGAGACUCUUAAACCGCAGCCGAUUGGAUACGAGUCGCGCCUCGACCCGAAGGGAUCCCACGGAGACCCAACCGCUCCGCCCGGUUUCAGUCACCACCAAGCGGAUCUCCGUCUCCCAUCGCGUGUCUUACACCCCGCCCGCGGCCGCGGCCCGCAAUCCGAACCUGGCGUCCGAGAAACUCAACGCCACGUACGACGCGUUCUUGGGCGUCCUAGGCUCGUUCAUUGGCCUGCACCUGCAGUCGCGCUCCUCCACCGAGCUGGUCCUCACCACGGAACAGGCCGUGCGCUCCUGCCGCGGCCUGCUGACGGUGGUGGAGGCCGUCUGCGAGCACAAUCCCCAGGGCAGUAGCCUGUUGGAAGUGGCCCGUGACUCGAUGUACGAACGCCUGUCCGAGCUCGUCUACGCCGCGCGGGACGCCUUCCGACCCGCCCAUUCCCCGGACGACGAGCUGGUGUUUAUGCCCGAUGAGGGCAAGCGCUUAGUGGAUGCCGCCACGGACUGUGUGCGUUCGGCCGGGAAUUGCACGGCCAAGGCUCGCCUGGUGCUUGAGCAGAGCGGCGAUUUCGAACUCGAGGCCCUCCCUCAGGAUGUCCCGACCAUCAGUGUUCCCGACGUCAGCAGCACGCCACAACCCCCGCGGCCCAGCAGCAAGACCGAGGACCCGGGCCCGCCCCAGGAGGUGUCCCUGCGGCCCCCUCCCCCUCCCUUGCAGAUCCCCAGUGGGAGCAGCAGCCACUACUCCCCUUCCACGCCUGGUAUGGCCGACAUGCACACCCCUUCUUCCUUCAAUUCCCACGGAGGGGUCCACACUCCCUCUACUUCCGCCAGCGAUCAGUCGUUUCCUCCCUCCUUCACUUCACGUGAAUCCCACAGUGCCCACCACCAGCAUCGCGACAGCCAUGCGAAAUCCGAAGUCAGCGAUUCCUUCGGCCGGGGCAUCACUAGCAACGGCAGCAGCUUCGCCUACAGUAACCAUCUUCGCGACUCCGAAAUGAGCGGAGUGUCCCAGACCUCCACCCGUGCCACCUCGCCCGACAUUGGCAACCACUACCAAGUUCCCUCUCUCAAGGGUAGUAUCAGUCACUCCACCCUCGCCGAGGAGAACGAGGAGACGGAAGCCAACAUACUGGAGAAGACCUACGCCCAUGAGUUGAUCUUCAAGGAUGGCCAGAUCAUGGGAGGGAGCCUGCGCGCGUUGGUGGAACGGCUAACCGCCCAUGGUUCGACUCCGGACGCCGUGUUCGUCUCGACCUUUUAUCUCACCUUCCGGCUUUUUGCAACGCCCAUGGAGUUUGCCGAGGCGUUGGUGGAUCGCUUCAACUACAUCGGAGACACCCCGCACGCCGCGGGUCCCGUCCGCCUUCGCGUGUACAACGUGCUCAAAGGGUGGCUCGAGAGUCACUGGCGCCAUGACUGCGACAACACGGCCCUCGACUACGUGAUGCACUUUGCCACCACGACCUUGAUGGAGAACCUCCCGUCGGCCGGCCGGCGAAUGGUCGAGCUGGCUGAGAAGGUCUCCAUGGUGCACGGUCCAGUCGUGCCUCGACUUGUGUCCUCGAUGGGCAAGACCAACACCGCCACCGCGCAAUACAUCCACCCUGACACGCCCCUCCCCCAGCCCAUCCUCGGCAAGAAGGAGGCCAACCUCCUCAAGCAGUGGAAGAACGGUGAAGCCAACAUCACCAUCCUGGAUUUCGAUCCGAUGGAGCUGGCCCGCCAGUUCACGAUCAAGGAGAUGCGCAUCUUCUGUGCCAUCCUCCCCGAGGAACUCCUCGCGACGGAGUGGAUGAAGAAGUCGGGCUCGCUGGCAGUCAACGUGCGGGCGAUGUCGACCCUCUCCACCGACCUAGCCCACCUGGUCGCCGACUCGAUCCUCCACCUCGAGGAGCCCAAGAAACGCGCCGUCAUCAUCAAGCACUGGGUCAAGAUCGCCAACAAGUGCCUCGAGCUCAACAACUACGACUCCCUGAUGGCCAUCAUCUGCUCCCUGAACUCCUCGAUGAUCGGGCGUCUGAAGCGCACCUGGGAGGUCGUCUCGCAAAAGACCCAAGCCACCCUAAACUACCUCCGCGGGAUCGUCGACGUCUCGCGCAACUACGCCGUCCUUCGCCAGCGCCUCCAAGGCCACGUCCCCCCAUGCCUCCCCUUCGUAGGCACCUACCUCACAGACCUCACCUUCGUCGACCACGGCAACCAACCCGUCCGCAACCUCCCCACCGAGGACGGCGAAAAGGCCGUCAUCAAUUUCGACAAGCACAUGAAGACCGCCAAGAUCAUCAGCGAGCUCCAGCGCUUCCAGAUCCCCUACCGCCUCACGGAGGUCCCCGAGCUGCAGGCCUGGAUGCAGAACGAGCUCGUCCGCGUCCGCUCCAACGGCGAAAAGAGCCUCCAGACCUUCUACCGUCGCUCGCUUGUCCUGGAGCCGCGCGUGUCCCAGCCCCAGCGCCCUCCUCCGUCUCUGCAUUCGGAGUCUAGCUCGUCUUCGAUCCUCGAGAACGCGAAGGACAAAUUCGACUUUUUGUCCUGGACGCAUCCUUCGAAAGCCAAGUCGGUCGCGACAAAUGGCUAG